AUGUUCCAUCUUGUAAAUUCUGCUGACUUGGCAAGAUCAAUUGAUUCAGAAAAAAGGUCUAACAUAUACAAUCUUACAAGAGAUUUCGGCUACUUCAAGUAUACUCUAAAUGAGAUAAAGAACUUGAGAGAAUAUAUCUUAUCUGACUACAAUGACUGAAGCUAUUGCUCUAGUUCUUCAAUUGUAACAGAAAAUGUGAUCCCUGUAUGAAUUUUUGACCCUUCGCCUCAUAUAGAAAAAUUCAAUUUUUAUGAUGAAGUUGGCAUAUUUUUAAAGCAUGGAAAUAAUUUGGUAUAGCCCCUACACUUUAAUAAACCGUUGUUAGCCUCUAUUUUUAUAUUAUAAUAAGCUUUACUCAAAUUUCUUUCAAAAAUAUAGGCGAAAAUGAAAAUCUCCUUUUGGUAUGAGAUACUUAAUCAGACAUAGACUAUAUAAGGCAAUUACCCGGACCAUGUCUUUUCUGGUCAUUAUGCUGCUUGGCCAUAAUGAUCUAUUAUAACGCAUAAGCUAUAAAUAUGAUUGCUCAAAAUAAGACCUAUUCAAAUGUUGAUGCAAGGUUCUUCGGUUUAAAUAGCUUCGGAUAUACCUUUGAAUUUACUCAUGGAGCAAUGUCUGGAUUGGUGGAUUGCGAAGUUAAUAGGGUAAAAGAAACUGAUACAAAGAUAACAGCUUUAAUAUUUGUGGGGCUUGGCCUCUUAGCUAUUUUUACAGGAAUUUUAAUCGGAUACUCAAUUUUAAUGGCAAGAAGCAAUGAUAAUUUUUGGAAUUUUGUUAACCAAUCAUCACAAAUUUCCUUUUUUUAUUUAAGAGAAAGCUGCCUUGAAAGAUUAUCAGAAGUUCAUGGCGUUAAUUAUUCAAAAGAUAAUAAUAUCGAGAAUCAUUAUCCCAAAAUAAAAAGAUAUUAUAGAAAAAUACAUUCAAAACUAUAUAUAAAAUAUAUUUGAAGAAUUUCCAUAUUUUUAGCUAUAGCUUCAUGCUAUUAUUUCACUCUUAAAUUCUCACUUUACGACCAGUGUGAAACCUAUUUAAUAAAUCGCCCAAAGCUCCUAUUAAACUUACUAGCAAGAAGAGUGCUCUUAUCACGUAUGAGUGUCUUUGCAAGGGAUAUUGGCACAUCAAGCUAUUUGAGAUGGAUUCCCAAUUCAUAUGGGCUUGCAUCUUCAAAGCUAGAAUUCUCCACAAGCAGUGAAGAGUUUAAGCUUUCAAAUCAUGAAUUAAGAAGCAAGGAUUUUUUAAAAUUAUUAUCAGAUGAUUUGAAAACAGGAUGAUUUGAAACAAUCAGAACUGAUGAUUAUUAUCUGCAUCUAGGAACUUAUGUUGCUGCUAAUAUUAUAUAUAUGGAAGCUAAAUAUAUAUCAGUGACUCCCGCUAACAUAGGGACUGUCAUUGCAUAUUCAAAUUAUAUAGGAAAUGAAACAGCCCUUCAAGAAACUUUUGGGGUUAAUUAUGACAUCGUAGACCAAGAUUCAAAAGAUACCAUAAAGAGCGAACUGUAUAAGCUUAUUUACAUGACUGUUAUAUUUUCUUCAGCAUUGAUUUUGCUCUAUAUAUUUUUUUAUCAUCCUUUCAUUUAUUCUGAAAAAUGUUGAUUGUCAAAGCUGAAAUUAUUAAUGUCAAUCAUCAAAAACUCGGAUGAUUUGAUCUCUGAAAAGCUUUAG